UGUCUCGGGUGAUGCCAUGCAUGGUAUCCGUAAGGUGAUGAUCUCAGAGAACUGCAUCACAAGGCCUGAAAAUGCGUGCUUCGUCUUGAAGAUAUAUGAAGACUUUUAUAAUGCUAUAAAACUGCCUGUAGAGAUGAUUUUGGAUGGUUCAGUCUUCUUGCGGCUCUCCCCAGCAACUGGUCCUAUCCAUUUUGCUUCUCUUGGGUCGUCCUUGGCAAGUCCUCCCUUUGAUCCAAAAGGAAAAAAACUGGGUCAACCCUUGAGCAUAAACGAGAGGCAAAACUCAUAUCUAUCAUUUGGGCCUCGCAUCAACAGUGGCCCAUUAUCGAAGAAAUACAACCAGAUGCCACUCGUAACUCAGGGCCGCCUCCCUACUUGCAAGAUUGCAAGCCUCUUUCCCGCCAUGCU